AUGGAACACGGAGAUAGGUGGCUCACCCUGCCGGUGAUGCUGCACUCGUCCCGGGCCGACACCUGCACCUUAACGCCGGAGCAAUGCGCCUACCGCUCCGGGUAUUGGCGGUACUGGUACCAGGCAGAUCUUGUCUACGGUCUCUCGACUACUUACUUCUUCCUCGCCGCCAUCGGCGUAUGCUUGAUUGGGUUCUGGCUCCUCAAGCUGGCCCCGGCCUCGCUCUGGGGGCAGGCUUGGUGGCAGAAAUUAGUUGGGCUUUUCCGCUUUGCAUCCUACCGCCGGUAUGAACUCAAGGCACUACGGUGGCAGACGCCAUCGAUUGCCGUCCUGUUCCUCUUGGGUAGUGGCGCUGUGUUCUUCUUUGCCAUGACUCUGGGUCCGAAGCCGUACUACUGGCAGAAUACUAGAACCCUAUCAUACGGCAACUCGCCCCCAAUCGCAACCCGGACCGGUUGGAUGGCGUUGGCCUGUACUCCUUUCCUGCUAAUCCUGGGAACCAAGGCAAACAUGAUCGCUUCUCUGACGGGCGUGUCACAUGAGCGGCUCAUCGUCUUCCACAACUGGGUGGCGUGGGCCAUGCUCGUCCUCGCGCUCAUUCACACGUUCCCCUUUAUCGUACACCACAUUUGGAAGGGAGAUAUGGUCAUGCAAUGGAACACGGGCCUCGUAUAUUGGUCCGGCAUUGCUGCUCUUAUUCCGCAGGCAUAUCUCACCUUCAUGUCCCUGCCCUACAUUCGAAACGCCUAUUACGAGUUCUUCAAAGCAACGCACUACAUAGCUGCCAUUGCUUUCCUGUUCUUCUUCUUCCUUCACUGCGAAUACCGCCUCACCUCCUGGGACUACUUCAUCGCCGCCGGCGCUCUCUACGCCGCCUCUUGGCUCUACUCGCAGAUCCGGACCUUUCUCAAGCACGGCAUCUCCCUCCGCGCCACCAUCGUCCCCGUCUCGGACCACGCCCUAAAAGUCACGAUCCCCAUCUCCAACCUGACCUGGCAGCCCGGCGAGCACGUCUUCCUCCGCUUCCUGACCCUCGGCGCGCACGCCCUGACAGCCCACCCCUUUACGAUAUGCAGCUCGCCGAACGCGCCAUCCCCAGCCGACGGCGGCAAGGAGAGCUCCUCCUCCUCCGCCCUCGUCUUCUACGUCCAGCCGCGGGGCGGCAUCUCGGCCCGGCUCGCGAGCAUGGCCGCCAAGCGGCCCGGCGUCAGCGUCCCGGUCCUGAUCGACGGCCCCUACGGCGGCGUCCGGACCCGCCCGCUGCACGCGUACGACCGCGGCCUGGUCGUCGCUUGCGGUGCCGGCGCGGGGUUCUCCCUGCCCUUCGUUAUGAAUUGGCUCCUUGACGUGGCCCGGCGGUCUCCCGGUUGCGGGGACGGGGAAUCGGGGCGCAGGAUGCGGGUCGUCGUCUCGACGAGGGACGCCCGGAUCGUCGAAUGGUACGAGACCGCGCUGGUCGAGUUCCUGGAGGCAAACCGUCUGCCGUUGACGCUGGACGGGGUCGAGAUCCUCGUGUACCUGACGUCGGGUGCCGGGCCCGGGCUGCAGAGCUCGGGACAGGACUCGGAGCAAAGCGAGGAGAAGCAUGUGUCCGUUGCGGAGCGGAGCGCUCCCGCUGCUGCUAAGCUCCCAUUUAAGAUUUUCGAAGGCCGCCCGGACAUCUCGGCCGCGGUCCGGGAUGCGACGCUGGAGUCGGGGGUGUCGGUCGGCAUUGCGGUGUGCGGGCCCGCGGGGGUGCUCAAGGCGGCCCAGGACGAGGCCGCGGCGGCGCAAUUGAGGAUCUUGGGCUCUAAGAUUGGCUCGAAGGAGGUGUAUCUACAUUCGGAGUGUUUCUCAUGGUGA